UAUCGAACUUCGGAUCAUGAAACAAGAGAGUGUAAUUUGGACUUUUAUUAUUAUAUCUGGAAUUGAUCCUCCACCGUAACGAAACGUGGCUACUGAUUACAUCGCUCAUUUUUGCAGCUUCAUUACCUAUGCGGAAGUAUAUUUGUAGAUACAAUCGAAUGUGAAAUUAUGGGACCGGAAGGUGUAAUUUCGACUGUUUAAACAUUUCAUUGCGAAAUGAUCCUUCAGCGUAUCGGAACGUGGCUACUGAUUGCAUCGCUCAUGUUUUCAGCAUCAUUAACCAUGCGGAAGGAUUUUAAAAUUCGGAUAGAGGAAGUUCGUUGCUUUGCAGAUCCCAGAUACGGACAGUGUAACUUCACAAAGGAAGGGGACCGACAUUUAAGUGCCUUGAUACAUCUAAACCGCGUUCUGGGCCCAACGGUAAUCUUUCAAAUCAGUAUCGUAGAAGUUAAUUCGAAUGCCAGGAGAACUGUCGUCUUCAAUCGGAAGUACAAUUUCUGUGACGAGAAAGUGGUUUGGUUGACUCAAUAUGCUUCAAUGUUCAUAAACAAAGUAAUAAGAGACUUUUUGGGCACGGGCUGGACCUGUCCAAUGCAACCCGCCAACUUUUCCAUACGAAACUACACAAUUGAUUCGGAUCUACUCCCCGUUCAUUUUUUUUAUAAACCAAAUGUCUACUUCUUGACAAAUGGAUCUUUCUUUCGAAUAAGCGAAAAUGUAAGUAAAUUAGUUUUCAAUGUUGUCUUUGAACUUAAAAUUAUAAAACUCAAAAAUAAAACAAAUUCGAAAUGA